AUGUCUCUCGCGCCACACGCUUCGGCGUACCUGGUUGCCAACACGAUGGUGGCUCUCGUGACGGUGUUGGUGGUUGCGCUGCGGGUCGUCUCUCGUGUGCUGGCGGGGUCUAGGCUGGGAUGGGAUGACUACUUUACGCUGUUUGCUGUUCCUCAGGGACUCGCUCUGUUGGCGAUACAAGGUCUUUGGACGUCGGCUGGCCUUGGGUAUGAGCUAUCGAAGAUCGGAUCGAACUGGACAUUUAUGGAAACUCUCUUCCUCCCCUCGGACACCAUCUUCGGUUUCGCUAGCCUGACCACGAAGCUUAGCGUCCUCUUCUUCUACCUCCGCGUCUUUACGAGCCCACCGAUGCGCUUGGCGACCAAGGUAGGCUUCGCCAUCGUCAUCGUCUGGGGCGUCGGCAACAUCCUCCAGACCUUGCUGGUCUGCCACAUCACCGACAGGAAAUGGCACGCCACAGACCCGGAAAUUUGCCGCGAGCACGAGGUGAGAAUCCUCUCAACGGGGCUAUUCAACUGUAUCACCAAUACCGUCAUCAUGCUGGUGCCUCUGUACACGAUCUGGAGCCUGACAAAGGUCAGCGUGUCAACGCGAUGGGGGCUCAGCGGCGUCUUUUUGUUGAAUCUCAUUGCCAUCGUCGCUUCCAUCGUCAGACUCCGCAUCAUGAUAAAUGUCUACACCCUGGCGCAAAUCGUCCGAAACCUGCCCGCCGCGACCUUUUUGACGGUCCUCGAGACGAACCUGACCAUCCUCUGCAACAGCCUGCCAAUGCUCCUGCCGCUGUGGGCCUUUUGGAAGCACCGUCGCUUCGAGACGGACGAGUACGUGUCGAGGUUGGGCGGCAAUAGCCAGUCGUGCAAGCACGAGCACCUGGUGGAGGACCUGACCAACGGAAUCCCGCUCGAGACAAUCUACGGCAAGAAUGAGGUCCAUUUUACGACGACGGUGACUGGGAGGGGGGAGCUGCGGCGGCGGUCGAACGGGACGGACGAGGACGAUGUUUCGGAGACGGAGUCGAUGCAGAGGCUGCCGAGGAACGCGCAGGCGAUUACCAUUGAGACGAAGUGGUCUAUUGUGGAGGAGACGACAAAGGAUUGUGGGCGGGCUUGA